AUGCAUAAUACCCUCGAUCACAUAAGCUACAACAAAAACAAGAAGAAGAUAGUAAGGGUGUCACCGAUGCACCCCGACGGACCUGUCUCAUGCGACGUCUAUCAUUAUUAUACGGACGAUAACAAGUCACUUCAAUCCCUGAAGAGUGUGAAGGGUAUCACAUCAAUCCAUUUCGUUGAUUAUGAUGAUGAAGAUGAUGAUGAGGUAAAGAUGGCAUUUAAUGAAAAGUUCUGGUCAGACAAGGGUCUCCAUGAUACAAUCAAUCAGUUGGCAUUAUGUAAUGGCUCAGUGCUUGAGAUCGCUCACCAAUCAAAGCCAUCGACAUCGUUUCAUCUGAUGCACAUCACAUCGCUGACGAUCGAUCAUGAUAACGAUUGGAUGCCCUCGCGACAAAUGUUCCCAAACACUCUGAUCAGACUGGUGAUCACUGGAAAGGGAUUCAAUCAACCACUGGACAAUAUGUUGCCAGACUCACUUCAAACACUAAAUCUGGGAAAGGCCAUCAGAUGGAAUCAUCCCAUCAAUGCAUCCACUCUACCGCCAUGCCUCACACUCCUAUCCCUCGGCAAGAGCUUUGAUCAAACAUUCGAUGGACAACUACCAUCGGGCAUCACAGUGAUGCUCGAGAGGACCAUGUUCAACCGGGCCGGUCUGCCCAAGUCCCACGACCUGGCACUCAACCUUCCAUCACAUUUCAAUCAAGUGAUCGACUGCCCAACAACCCUCCGCUCACUAUCCCUGGAGGCGGAGAUGCCUCAAUACCUCGACGAAGUCCCAUUCAUCAAACUCAAGAUAUUGACACUGACUGAUUUGCCUGCCGCUGCACUCGCCACCAUCACAUCUUCCAGAUUCCCCGUGUUGUACGAGUUUAAUCUGUGGGGAAUUGAACAGGCUAGAGAUAGUAUAUCGCUGGCAUCAUUGCCAAUGUCAUUGAGACGGCUGUCCAUCAACUCCCCAGUGCCAAUCACAUCUUUCCCCAUUGACGGAGUGAUUGAGAAGAUGGAACUCUAUGUAUUCUGUAAUCGCGACCUAUUCAGAUUGUCCAAAGGAUUGAUCCCGUCAUCAGUUCGCAAGUUAACACUGCUGAGCUAUGACCAUGUGAUUCAAGAAGGUGAUCUACCAGCAUCGUUAACAUCAUUGGACAUCAAGGAACAGACAAACAGAGAUAUUGUAUUCGACUCAUCUUCACUACCUACAUCAAUACGCAAGUUAGGAUUCCCUAUCAAUAGGUAUGAGUUGAGGGCAUUGUCCUCUAUCCUCAACCAAAUGCCAAUGUCCAUCACAAGAAUAUGUAUAUACCUCAGACGCGCUCAUCGUCUCAGGCGACUAUCCGACAACCUAUACUUCUACGCCAACAAUCUUGAACAAUGCUAUAUAGUCAACAAAGAUACCAUGUGCAAUAUCUUUGUGCUCUAA